AGAUCUUUAACACAAUUGUUUUGUUUGCGAAAUUUGAGGCAGAAUGGCAGCUUAUGUUGAUCAAGCUUAUUAUGGUUGGUCACACGAGGAGCUACCUCGUCAAGAAGACUCCAGGGAAGCUUCCGCUUCCCAAAUGCUUGAUCAUGGUUCAAUAUCCUUUGGAAGGUUUGCAUAUGAAUCAUUAUCAUGGGAAAGAAGAUCCGUGUUCACUUAUAAUAAAUGUCAAGAGGAGUUCGAGAAAUUCAAGUCCCCUGGCUUAGUUGCUAAAAAGAAAGCAUAUUUUGAAGAGCAUUACAAAAGAAUUCGAGCUAUGAAAGCUUUGCAAGGGAGCCAACAAACUGAAAUAACAUUGGAUUAUGGAGGUGAUCGUAGUUUUUCAAGUCGAACCGGAGACGAAGAAGAGUCAGCAGUACAGGGAGUAGCCAAUGCUGCCGCUGUUCAAUCAGAAGAAGCUCCAGCUGAAGAUUCAAUGGAAAAUGGAAAAGAUUGCUGCAGAUCAAUUGAAGUUCAAAUUGGACAUUCUGAUUCAUCUACAAGUUACUUCGAGGAACAUGAACGUGAAGAGAAUGUUAUCCAUUCUCAUCAGAUGCAACACCUGGAUAUGGAUAUAUCAGCACGUGAAUCAUUGAAAGUAAGCAUCAAAGAGUCUAAACAGAAAGAUCUCGUUGAUCGUCACGAUAAAGCAGUUUCAAUGGAAAAUAGGACCUUGGACACAAAUACUGAAACUGAGAUGGCUUCUAGAGAGACAACACCAUGUCCAACAAAUUCCAAAGAGGGAGAUGUGGAGCUCAAACCCGCACAUAAUAUGGUGCUGGUAAACAUUAUGCCAGCUGUUAGGAAAUACGAAGACAAUGUAUCAGUUCCCACGCUGAAGGAAUCUACUGGUCCAUCAAGAAAUGGUCCAAAAUUGGAACACAGAGCUAAACAAAAAAUUAAAAAAUCAUCACAGGGACCAAAUAAUCCAAUUCAAAAGAUUGUGAAAUCUGUGAAUGGUGUCGCUUCAACCAAGGCAACUGCCAAUAAAUUCACAAGAAGCUACAAAUCCAUCUCAGCUACUUCAAAAUUGGAACUUGAAGCUAAAGCAAAUAUUCAAAAAUCAUCACAGGGAACAAAACAUCCAAUUCCAAGACAAAACGCUGAUAAAGUCUCAAGAAAUUAUAAAGCCACCUCUGCCUCUUCACAUGGACCACUUACAGAAGUACACUCCAAUGUCACUAUUCCUCGUCCUUUCUCACUUGCAACUGAUAGACGAGCGGCUGUUCCUUCUGGUAGUAGAGAAGAUGCACACAAAUCAGUCUCUAAAUCCUCAAACCAAAUAUCAUCUUCAGCAGUUAAAGGGAAAUUUGAACUAAAUUUUCAGGGUACUUCAAAGCAAACCGUUACAAGCCGCAUCAUGAAAACCAGAGGUCUAGAAAACGAAAGAGGACAUGAUGAGAAAAAUAAACCUAAGGCAUCAGACAGCCGGCUCAGGGCCAGAGGCACUAACCUCGUAACCAGCAAGAUGGAAAGCAGAAUAUUGGAAAACAGAAGAGGGCAUGAAGAGAACAAGAAACUCGUGACAGUGGACUGCCAAUCUAGCAGUCUUAAGGCGAGAGGUGCUAGUGCACCUGGACCGAUGAAAGCAAGGUCGCUUAACCUUCCUUCCCGUGAUAAAUUUAGUUCCGAUAGUGGUGUUGACAUUAGAUUCAACAAAGGUGAUGGGAGUAAUGAGGGAAAACUCGAAGCUGGCGUGGCAAGAUUUCGUCGAGCUGACACAAAAAAUUUCACCUCUUCAGUUGAAAGAUUCAGAAACGAUACAAAAGCCUGCACCCCUUUGUCUGCAAAGGUUAGAACCGAGACGAAGAAGGCGACCCCAUCUUCAACGAGUAAUUCAUCCUCUAGCACGAGGAAGACACGAUUUGGUGAGCAGUCGCUUGACAGGAAGAAGCUAAGGCAAGAGAGGCCUCGGUGGCGAUAGGCACACAGAGAAGCAGCAAAAUCUCAUCGAACCGUCGAGCCACAGUUCAUGUGAAUAUAGUAGCCUUCAUUGGUGAUAAAAUCUUAUGUUCAUUAGUGUCGUUGUCGUAUAAUUUGUAUCUCUUUUUCUUCGAUAAACAGAGGUGCAGGAGCGGCCAUAUAUGUAGUUUUAAUGGAACUUUGUACUAAUUAGAAAAAAAAAACUAUGGGUAUAUAAUGACAGUAAUGAUCCUUUCCCUUCUUCCAAA